AUGCCUCAUUCCACUGGACAGUCCACUGGACAAGAACCGAGGAAGCUCGUUCUAUGCUUCGAUGGCACGGGAAACGUCUUUAACGGCAACACCUCAGACACCAACAUAGUCAAACUCUUCGACAAGUUUGACAGAAGGGACCCUUUGCAGUACCACUACUACCAAACUGGUAUUGGCACAUACAAUGUCGAUGGAGGCCCUGUAAACAAGACUUUUUUGGGCUCUAUCCGCUCAAAAAUCACCAAAACCAUGGAUAGUGGCUUUGCUACAACCUUUGAUGCUCACGUAAUUGCAGGCUACCGCUUCAUCAUGCGGUACUACAAGGAGGGUGACAAGAUUUACAUUUUCGGCUUCUCGAGGGGUGCUUUUACCGCUCGCUUCCUUGCACGCAUGAUUUACAGAGUUGGCCUACUCUCUGAAGGCAAUGAAGAAAUGGUCCCUUUCGCAUAUGAUCUAUACCAGGAUUACGAGAAGGGAAAGUUGAAUGUCCCCGACCAGGAACGAAAAAAUUCUUCGCCUGCCACAGAUGGAGCGCAUGGAUGCCACGAAACCGACCCUCUCAUUGACGGUGGCUCUGACAUGCACGAAUGCUCAGAACCUGAUGAGCAACAGCUAAGGAAGAACAAGCUCAAUGCGUUCAAAGCGACGUUCUGCCGUUCAGAGGGCGCAGAUGAUUCGGGCAUCAAAGUGCACUUCCUGGGCAUGUUUGACUGCGUCAGCAGUGUUUCCGUCUUGGACAGCCCAUUUGGCAAAGCUCCCAAAGCCGUAUCAGUUGCGGGAACUGCCCGUCAUGUUCGCCAUGCCGUCGCUGUCGACGAGCACCGUGUCAAGUUCAAAGCCGCUUUGCUUCACCAAGACGUAUCCCACCCUCACACUACGGAUGAAGAUGUUAAGGAAGUUUGGUUCCCCGGUAAUCACGGCGACGUCGGUGGAGGAUGGCCAGCUGUGCCGGACACGAGAAGCUGGUGGCGCAAAAUCUUCACAUCUUCGAACGACGAUUACGCAUCCAACCCUGGUACUGAUCCUUAUCAAAUGAGUGACAUACCCCUUGCUUGGAUGAUCCGUGAAUUGGAAAUCAUCGGAGAACAGGAACCAGCAGCAGCAAUUAAAUGGAAUAAGAGGAAAGACGGAUUCAAGAAGCAUUUCUAUAAGAAGCAGGAACAGGCUUACAAGGGCACGAUGCAUGACACUCUCAAGGUCGGAGGUGGCUCAUCACUAUUCAAGGUCAUCCUCUGGAAUUUCAUGGAAUAUCUACCAAUUCGACGUUGGGAAUUGCAACUGACCAGAGGUGGUUUGGGACAUGAGUGGGCUUAUAUCGCAUGGCCUUUUAAUAAGUGUUCGGCACGAGACAUUCCCGACGGCGCAUUCUUACACGACUCGCUUUUCAGGCGACUCAAAAGUCAUACCGACUACCGUCCAAGCAACAACCGAGGUGGCAAAUCAGCUGCCUGCUUGGAUCCUGAGAAGUUUAAGGUCAAGGAAAAAGACAUGGGCGUGCCCAAAAAGUCGCCAACUGACGUCGGUGACCCUGCUGGCAUUCAUACCAUCUACACACUUGGGACAGACGAACCAAACGGCAAGGGACUUCUACGCGUGUAA